AUGGAAGAAAUCUUCGCACUCGCACCUGAGCCCGCCACUCCUCUGGGCCGCUACCGAGUCCUCUCCCCCAUCGCAGGAAUCCGAGUAUCUCCUCUCCAACUUGGCGGCAUGUCAAUUGGAGACAAUUGGUCAAAUUUCUUGGGCAGCAUGAACAAAGAGCAAUCAUUCGCUCUUCUCGACGCCUUCGCCGCUGCAGGCGGUAACUUCAUCGACACAGCAAACAACUACCAAAACGAACAAUCCGAAGCCUGGAUUGGAGAAUGGAUGGCAGCACGCGGAAAUCGAGACCAAAUGGUCAUCGCAACCAAAUUCACCACAGAUUACCGCACUCACGCCCUAGGAAAGGGUAACACACCUAAUACCUGUGGCAAUCACAAGCGAAGCAUGUUUAAUAGUGUCCGUGAUUCGCUCCGCAAACUUCAGACUGAUUUCAUCGAUAUCCUUUACCUACAUUGGUGGGACCACACAACUUCUAUCGAAGAAAUUAUGGACUCGCUACACAUCCUGGUUGAGCAGGGCAAAGUGCUAUAUCUCGGUAUUUCCGAUACGCCAGCUUGGGUCGCUUCGGCGGCAAACACCUACGCGCGUGCACAUGGGAAGACCCCCUUUUGUAUCUACCAAGGACGGUGGAAUGUGAUGCUUCGAGACUUUGAGCGAGACAUUCUUCCCAUGGCACGCCAUUUUGGUAUGGCGCUUGCGCCUUGGGAAGUACUAGGUGGUGGUCACUUUCAAAGCGAGAAGCAGAUAGCUGAACGAGAGAAGAAUGGUGAGAAACUACGACGUGUUCACAGUGACGGACAAACAGAGGAGGAGAAGCAGAUUUCCCAGGCUCUUUCGACCGUCGCAGCAGAGCAUGGGAUUGAAUCUGUGGCUGCUAUUGCUUUGGCUUAUAUUCUCUGCAAGGCGCCGAACGUGUUUCCGCUUAUUGGCGGGCGCAAGAUUGAGCAUUUGCAGGACAAUAUCCAGGCUUUGAAGAUUAGGUUGACUAAGAAGCAAAUCGAAUUUUUGGAGAAGGCGAAGGAGUUUGACGUCGGAUUUCCAAACAAUUUGAUUGGGGCUGACCCGAAGACGACUGGUGAAGUGGAUGGUUCCCAUGUGGGAAGGUUUGCGAGGGUUGACUAUGUGUUGGCUCCGAGGGCGAUUGGAUAUGAGCUGGGGAACUAG